GAAAUUACACAGACACAACUUGACUCUGAUCUAUACUGUGACUGUGGUACUCUUAACUUUUUUUCUUUACUGAAAAACACCCCAACCAAAACCAAUAUCAAUCUAUCCGUAAGCAUCACCAACUCCAAAAGAAUCGGUGUAUUUCCGUGUUUGUCAAAACAGUAACAGUACUACUACUACUACUACUACAAAGAAGAAGAAGAAGAAGAAGAAAUGAGGAUCGAUUCUUCUUUCAAUUUCAACCAUAAAAAUUACCUCAUCAAGUUACUUCUCACUCUUUUCUUCUCUGUACUCGCUUUUCGUCUUCUCUUCUUUCAAUCUCUUCCCACUCUCACUGAAUCCCAAACCCCACCUCAAACUUCAUCUUCUCUUCUUUCUGACCUUCAACAACUCCCUCUCCAAAAUCAACUCUCUCCCACCGACACUGGUAAAUGUGAUUAUUUUAAUGGUGAUUGGGUACCAAACCCAUUGGGUCCAAUUUAUACAAAUGAAACAUGUGACCUGAUUGAAUCACAUCAAAAUUGCAUGAAAAAUGGGAGACCAGACAGAGAAUUUUUGUACUGGAAGUGGGCACCUACAGAUUGUGAGUUACCUAUUUUUGAUCCUCAAAGGUUUCUCAACUUGAUGCGUGGUAAAGUGUGGGCACUUAUUGGUGAUUCUAUUUCUCGUAACCAUGUUCAGUCUUUGCUCUGCACGCUUUCUAAGGUAGAAAAAGCUGUCUUAGUCUACCACGAUGAGGGAUACAAGUCCAAAAGCUGGCACUUUCCGUUGUACAACUUCAGUAUGUCAGUUAUUUGGUCACCGUUCCUUGUGGAAGCUGCUAUUUUUGAAGACAUAAACGGCGUUUCAAGUUCUGAAGUUGAGCUAUAUCUUGACAAACUGGAUAGUAAAUGGACAGAUCAGUACCUAAACUUCGAUUACAUUAUUAUUUCAACGGGAAAGUGGUUUGUCAAAUCUGCAAUCUACUAUGAGAAUGACACUAUAUUGGGCUGUCACGGCUGUUCUAGUAACAAGAACCUGACAGACCUAGGGUUUGACUUUGCAUAUCGCAAAGUCUUGAAAAAUAUCUUCAACUUCAUAGUAUCUUCCAAUCACAAGGGCUUAAUUUUGUACAGGACAUCCACACCUGACCAUUUUGAAAAUGGAGAGUGGUUUAGCGGUGGAACGUGCAACAGAACUGAGCCGAUUAAAGAAGGUGAGAUGGAAAUUAAGCUUUUGCUUAGGAUUCUUCGCGACAUCGAGUUAGAAGAGUUUAAAAAGGCAGCCUCUAAAGCUUCAAAAAAUGGAGUGAAUCUCAAGCUUGCUGAUUUUGCACCACUUUCACUUUUGAGACCAGAUGGGCAUCCGGGUCCAUACAGGCAAUUUCAACCCUUUGCCAAGGACAAAAAUGCUAAAGUUCAGACUGAUUGUUUGCAUUGGUGCUUACCUGGGCCUAUAGACUCUUGGAAUGACAUCAUAAUGGAGAUGGUUGUUAAUGGAUAACAAAAUCAGUCAAAUGGUCCUUGCAGUUAGUUUCUUUUCUCAUGCUAGUUGUGCAUGUGUGUGAAUUCAUUCACUGAAUUGUUUCUCUAUGUAUGUAUACUAUGAUUCUUGAUUGAUAUUCUUACAGAUGUACGAUGUAAUAUUGCACAGAGGUUUAAUUAUAGUUUUAUAGUUGUUUUGAUGUGUUGAGUUGGAAA